AUGCGACUGCCGACGCCUGAGACCCGGAACACACACGCCGACACGCACACUCUUCACAACAUGGCCACGCUGGCCCCGAACCCGAACCCGCCCACCGCCAGCGAGACUCCCCCGAACUCUGCCAUCAGCAUCGCGCCCGGCACAUCCUCUGCGGCGCCCUCAUCACAGCUCCCGGGACAUCCCUCAUUCAGGCGGCAGAGGGCCAGUCGCGCGUGCGAAACCUGCCAUGCGAGGAAAGUGCGAUGCGAUGCAGCAUCCCUCGGAGUGCCAUGUACGAAUUGUGUUGCCUUCAGCAUAGAGUGCAAGAUUCCCACGCCGAAGCGCAAGAAGACAGCGGGCAAGAAAGAGGAUAGCAGUGAGCGCGCCGAGUCCGUGAAAGAUGGCAUCAGCCCAGCGGGUGCCGAAGCCUUCUCUGCGCCUCCACCGGACACUUUUGCGCCAGAGAAGGUGGGUAUGAACACAACCGCGGCCAUACCAAAGAGCGAGGGCAGCGACCAAUACUAUGCCAACCAACAGCUGUCAAAUGGCACAUACGCUCAAUUUAUGAAGCCGAAAUUCGCACGCGCUCCCAUCAAAGAGGCUGGACGUGUUGCAUAUCUGGGAGAAUCAUCCAACUUAUCCUUACUGGUGCAGGACCGCCACGGCUCGUCAGAUGUCGUGCAUUAUCCGCUGCCCGAGAAUGUUCGUGGCGCCCGUGCACGAAUCAAUGAACUUGACAACGUCGAGAUCGAUGUCCUUCACCAGCGCGGCGCUUUUCUUCUGCCACCACGACAGCUGUGCGAUGAGCUCGUCGAUGCUUACUUCACCUGGAUUGCUCCCGUGGUGCCGGUCAUCAAUCGCAGCAAGUUCAUGAGGCGCUAUCGCGACUCCAAGAAUCCUCCUUCGUUAUUACUCCUACAGGCUAUCUUACUUGCAGGUUCUCGAGUAUGCAAUAACCCACAGCUUAUGGAUGCGAAUGGCUCUACUACACCAGCGGCAAUGACGUUCUACAAGCGCGCAAAAGCGCUAUACGAUGCGAACUAUGAGGACGACCGUGUCACAAUUGUGCAAGCCCUCAUCCUCAUGGGAUGGUAUUGGGAAGGUCCAGAGGGUAAGAACCGCGAAAGAGCAGACAUUGUCACGCACGCUCGGUCUGACCUGGUUGCAGACGUGACAAAAAAUGUAUUUUACUGGAGCAGAGUAGCCGUCAUUGUCGCGCAAGGAUCUGGCAUGCACCGAAGCGUCGAAGGUUCUCAACUCAGCAAGGCAGACAAACGACUAUGGAAACGGAUCUGGUGGACAUUAUUCACUCGCGAUCGUUCAGUUGCGGUCGCGCUUGGACGUCCAGUCUCCAUCAACAUCGAGGACUCCGAUGUGGAAAUGGUGUCCGAAGACGACUUCAUCGACGACGAGCCCGAUCGGCCCGCCGAAUAUCCUGCCGACCCGAUUCACGUCCAGUUCUUCCUCAAUUACGUCAAGCUGUGCGAGAUUAUGGGAUUAGUCUUGUCUCAGCAAUAUUCAGUGGCCUCGAAGCUCCGUCGAAAUAAUGCUCUCGAUCUGACACACAGCGAUAUGGCGCUCGCAGAUUGGCUACAGAACUGCCCACCCGAAGUCAGAUGGGAGCCACAACGGCAUCACUUCUGGUCUGCCUUGCUUCACGCCAACUACUACACCACGCUGUGUCUUCUGCAUCGAGCGCACAUGCCGCCUGCGGGGUCACCAAGCUCGCGCGACAACCAGGGAUACCCUGAAGAGACCGCAUACCCCUCAAGGUCGAUCGCCUAUCAGGCUGCUGGCAUGAUCACGUCAAUUGUUGAAGCAUUGCAGGCGCACGACCAGCUCCGCUACGCGCCAGCCUUCAUUGUCUACAGUUUGUUCUCCGCAUUGAUUAUGCACGUCUACCAGAUGCGCUCUGCCAAUCAAUUGAUCGUCACCGCUACACAGCAGCGACUGACAUCCUGCAUGAACGCGCUCAAGGAUGUCUCGAAAGUCUGGUUGGUCGCUAAAAUGGUCCACACAUUGUUCGAAUCCAUCCUCGGCAACAAAAUACUUGAAGACAGGCUUCAGAAAGCGGCCGGCAGGCAACAUCGCAAACCGAAGCACGGCUCAAGCAGCAAGGCCAGCAAAGAAACGCCGGGUCUUGAUAUAUCAUCCGAGGCCCAGAAACGCAAGUUCGACGACAUGGAGAUGGGCUACACGAACGGACCACCUGCGCCGCAGAUGUCCUACGAACGCUCACGGCCGCAGUCGCCAGCGAUCACACCUUCGCGCGAACUACCACAAUCCUCUCAGACACCACAACAGCAGAUACCUCAUAUCACCGCCGGCAGUCCAACAAUACGACAGGGAACAGAUGCGUUCAUGGGCACGUCUCGUGCCAACACUCGACCAACAACUCCAUUCAACAACUUCUCGUACCCUGGUACCCCUCCUGACCUCUUCUUACAUACUCGCAAUUCGCCCAAGAUCUCGGAGGAUCUGUGGCAGAACUACCAGCCUGAACAGCUCUUCCCGCCUGAGACUAGCCAGUUGUUCCCGAUCAGCACGAGUCCUAACCAGAUGGUCGAUCCUGCGUUACAUGAUCCUUCACACCCACCACAGAUGCAUCAACAGCAGUUCGCACCUCAGCAACCGAAUAUGCAGCAUCAAGGUCCACCUAUGCAGCACAAUCAGCAACAUACGCCUACCAUGUCGGACGGUCAUUCCAUGCCUGCGAUCAACUAUCAACACGACCCUAACGCCUGGGCACACAUCAACAUGUCCAACCAGCACCGGCCAGACGACCAGUGGAGUAACUCCGCUUCGAGUACAACAGGAGGACCGAUAGUGCCGACAACACUCAACGUUGGUGACUGGUUCGAGUUCUUCGGAAUCCCAGCUGGGUCAGAUCUCGGCGCCUUCCAUAACUCGGCUGGCUUUGGUUGA